CUCCAGGAUAGUCAAUACGAUCUCCAUUGGCACUUUUCAUAAUGUCACAAUCUGCUUGUCCAGCCAGAUUCAACUGCGAGUCAGCUGACGCCUGGGAGCCCAACAGUGAUAUAGCUGGCUUGAGGGUUCUGAUUGGGUUCGUAGGGACAGGCUAUCUUGUCUUUGCCCUCCUCGUAGUUCACUACUUCGUAGCAUACGAGCCACAGCUUCCUCCACCCCAGCAGACACGGAAUGACGAGAGACCAAGCCAAGCAGCGAUCCAUGAGCACUCGAUGGUGAAUCGAUCAGAAAGUCGCGUUGUGAAUGCCGGCACUCAUACGGAUCCAAUUCACUGGGAGCCAAAUCCCAUCGACGUUAAGCUUUUAGCUUGGGUCAGAUCAAGGACGGCAAAGCUUCUGGUCUUUCUGGGAGCGUCGCUUCCGCUUGUUAGCAAGACCAGCUCUAACCGUGUCAAUUGUUGUUUCAACAUGGGUGUUGUCGCCAUGUGCGACGUACAAAUAGUCACAGGCAUAAGCAUACUCAUCAGCGGCUUCAUUUGCUUAGACAAAAACUUGUCGGCUCUUCACUGGAAGAUCAUCACUUACCUCGCAUGGUUCUCCUGUGUCACGCAUCUAUCUGGCCUAACGGCCCUGAGGAGAUAUUUUCAGACACACCAACGAGAGAAGUCUCUGAGAAUCACUCUAAUGUUUGUCUUGCUGGCUAUUCUUAUAGUGGCCAUGGUUCCAUCUGGAUUCUUCAACUGGAGAUCGCCACGGGCUGACUUAUCCAUACCUCAGCCGACUGCAGCUUCAGCCAAAACGUCCGCGGCAUGCUUCUACAACCUGGCCUGUGGCAAAGAACUCUACUACCUGGAUGCAAGUCGUGUGAAUUGCACCAAAUCUUGCGCCAACUCCCCCAAUAAGAUGUUCAAUCCGCACGACUGUAAAAUUUCCCCAAGCUUGUCUACUGAAGAAUUGGACUGCACUUCGUUGAGCAAAUCAUCUGCAAUGCAAGAAAUGAUAAUUUCAACCGUCAUGCUUCUCUUCGGAUUUUUUUCAAGGGUAAUAAAGCUGUCGACUCACAUUUCGAGCACAACUCGUCGGAGAAUGGUUAUGCCCAUGAGAAACUGUACGGUCGGUCUACUGCUUCUUCAAGUUAGCAUGCUUGAUUUCACCCCCCGAUGCACACACUACGGGAAAGUGGCACCUCCAUACAACCUUGUAUGAAGCAUGGCGAGGUUUGGUUGUGAGGCCUGUACUCGGAAUUCUAAUCUUCGUGUCGGCACAUAUCAACCUUUUGAACUCAAU